AUGCCUCAACUCAAACCGUUAGUUGGAACAGACUACUACCUGUGGAAAUAUGUUCCAUCACUGGCAGCCGCCAUUAUAUUCGUCUUACUCUUUGGGGUUAUCACGAUUGCUAUCUGUUGGCGAAUGUUCAGAACAAGAUCCUGGUUUUGUAUACCAUUUGCCCUGGGAGGAAUAUUGGAAAUCCUUGGCUACGGCUAUAGAAUCCACGCACGCAGCCAGACCGAUAAGGUAGUACCUUAUGCCAUCCAGAACAGUGGAAUCCUUCUUGCGCCGGUGUUCUUCGCUGCCUCAAUAUACAUGGUUCUGGGCCGGACAAUUCGAGCUGCGGGUGGUGAGCGCUUCUCUCUAAUUCGACCGAACUGGUCAACCAAGAUCUUCGUAUCCGGUGAUGUGUUAUCUCUUAUGGUACAAGCUGGUGGUGCUGGCAUGAUGGUAUCAUCUGGCAACCAGAACUUGGGUCAGAACAUGAUAAUUGGUGGUCUCUUCAUCCAACUCAUCGUCUUCGGCUUCUUCAUCGUGGGCACUGCCAUUUUCCAUACAAGGAUGAAGCGACAUCGUGGACCAGGGCUUUCUGGGAGAGGAUUCGUGCUGUGGAGGAAGAUGGUGAACAUGCUCUACGCAUGCAGCGUCCUCAUCGUCAUCCGCUCAGUCUUCCGUGUCAUCGAGUAUAUUAUGGGAUCGGAUGCAUACCUUCUCUCGCACGAGUGGACGAUGUAUGUCUUUGACGCAGUAUUGAUGUGGGGUGUCAUGGCCAUUUUCUUUGUCUAUUUUCCAGCUGGCCUGCAACCCCCAAAAAACGACAACGAGAGUUUGGAUCUGGGAGGUCACCAUCUGAUAUCUCAUCGCGCACAGAAGCCAUGA